AUGAACCAGUUAGACAUUCAUCUUCUUGAUCUGCCUAAUGAAAUAUUGAUUAUCAUAUUGAAAAAACUCGACAAUGUUGAUGUUCUUUAUUCAUUGUUUGGGAUUAAUAAUGAACGACUUGAUAUUUUAGUACAAGAUGAUGUAUUUACUAAUACUCUCAAUUUUGAAAGAGUAUCUUCAAUUACUGAUGAUAAACUUGAUCGAUUUUGUACCUCUAUAUUACCUCAAAUUCAUCGUUGUCUUAAAAAGCUUAUUCUCGAAACAGCAUCUAUGGAACGCAUUCUUGUUGCUAGUGAUUAUCCGAAUUUAACUUCUUUAGAACUCUUCAAUUGUGGCCAAGACACAAUUUUUCGUUAUUUUACAGAUGAUUCAGUCUUUCGACAUAUUUCCAAAUAUCAAAUAACAGAUCUUAUUCUUCAUAAUAAUGAUGAACAUACUAAUAAAAUAUCGUUGAAGACUUAUGCUAGAAAUUUCUAUGCACAUAUUAUGGUUUUCUUCGAAAAUCUAGAGCAGUUGACAAUUGUUUCUUCAUCUGUGAAUGAAUAUCCGGCUUUGUUACUUCAUAAUCUUCCAUCAACAACCUAUUUCUCUACGACUCUUACUGUAUUAAGUAUUAAUGUGUUUGUUUUUGAUGAUUGCCUCUGUUUACUUGAUGAUCGUCUAAACCAACUAGCCACGUUUAUCGUUCAAAUACAUUAUAUCACAUCUCCAUUAUAUAUAUCUCGUAAUAUAGUAAGUUGACUCUGUUUUAUUGAAUAAUAGUUUUAGGGUGAUUCCACGGGGUUUAUACCACUUUUUGGAAGUGGUCUUGGAUUUUCAUUUUCGUCUUCUAAUUCACCCGAAGACAGUCUGAAAAGCAUCCAGCAAAAAAAAAAUUACGAACUUGUC